UAUUCACGUGUAAACUGUUAAUUGCAUAAACUUACAAGAUGACAGCUAUGGAAGAAAGCAACGAUCCAUCUCUCACCAAAUUCACCUGUUUCUCAGAGGCCACUGACCUACAAGAGAUCAUAUCUUCCUUUCAGAGCCUCUGCAAUGAAAUAGACCUCGACCCGUACCGCGAAGAUGAGGGAUUCUACGCCUCUAUGAAAGAGAAGCUCCAGCAAUGGCGCUGUAAGGCUCUCUGGCAGUUGUUAGACAAGCGAGCCUCAAUGGUGGAGUACAGGAACGGGUCCUCUUGUAGGGGGAAGCGUGUACUGGUUGUAGGAGCUGGACCUGUUGGUCUUCGUUUUGCUAUAGAGGCUUCUCUAUUAGGCGCAAGCGUGUUUGUGGUUGAGAAGAGGUCUUCUUUCUCUCGUAAUAACGUCCUUCACUUGUGGCCGUUUCUAAUCGAUGAUUUGAAGAGCCUCGGAGCUAAGAAAUUCUAUGGAAAGUUCUGUGCUGGAGCGAUUGAUCAUAUUGGUAUUAAGAUACUACAGUGCGUACUACUAAAGAUAUGCCUUCUCCUUGGGGUCAAAGUGUACUUCCCUGUUUCCUUUCAAGACUACGUUGAGCCACAGAGCAACUCAACCGGUUGGAAGAUUCUUGUCUCGCCGGACACAAAUGAACUCUCCUCUAAAACCUAUGAUGCUAUAAUAGCAGCUGAUGGUAAGCAGUAUUCGGUGAGAGGCUUCCAGACCAAAGAGUUCAGAGCUAAACUAGCCAUUGCUAUUACUGUUAAUUUUGUGAACGGGAACACUCAACAGGAGAAAGCUGUGGAAGAGAUCAGCGGAGUCUCUUAUAUUUACAAUCAGUCUUUCUUUAAUGAUCUGAAAGAAGCUCACGGGAUCGAGCUAGAGAAUAUUGUUUAUUAUAAAGAUGAAACACAUUAUUUUGUGAUGACUGCAAAGAAGAAUAGCCUAUUGGAGAAAGGUGUCCUCAAAAGAGACUACAGGGAUCCAGACAUGCUAUUAUCACAGCGAAACGUUAGUCAGACCUCACUGGAGACUUACGCUAAAGAAGCAGCUACUUAUUCAACUAAAGGUAGUCUGGGGGGGCUACAGUUUGCCAGCAAUCACAGGGGAGAGAACGACGUGGCCAUUUUUGAUUUCACAUCUCUGUUUGCUUCGGUGAAUGCAAGUCGGAUACUGGAGAGGAAAGGAAAAAGACUUUUAUUGUGUCAGAUCGGCGACAGCUUACUGGAACCCUUCUGGCCCACAGGCUCUGGACUAGCCCGAGGUUUUCUCGGUGGAUUUGACGCCGCUUGGAUGUUUAAAAAAUUCUGCGAAGGAGAAGAGACUCCGUUAAAACUGAUUGAGGAAAGGGAGGCUCUUUAUCACUUCCUCACGUCCACGACUCCAGAGAAACUCCAGAAGAAGACCUCGGCUUAUUCUAUUGAUCCACAGACGCGAUAUCCUCAACUGAACGUGAUACCAACUAGUGACGUAUCGUACUUGUAUGAUAGUGAUACUGCACCAACUCAGACUAAAGCGAUUGAGCAACAGAGACCAGUAAAUGCUCCUAAAGUGAAGCGAUAUCAUUCAAUAGAGGGGAGGUCCCCACAAAGAUCCAUACAGCAAGUCAGACCGGUCAAACCACCACUCGACGUCAUCAGAGCCUCACUCUCUCCUCCUCCUCCUCCCCCUCACUCCUCUCCCUCUCACCCUUCUCCCUCCCACCCCUCCCCCCUCAUCCAUUCGCUGUCUCAAGAGUACGAGAUAAUAGAGAAACCAGAGGAGCCAAUCACCAUAUCCAGGAAGAAAUCGACAAGUGACUUCUCACUGAUUAAAUUCGCUAAGAUGCUGUUCUUGGGCCAGAGAGGAAGCAAGGCCGGUACUCCGGAGAGAGCUGCUACUCCUGAAGGACGGACUCCUGAGCAUAAGAGAGGAGGGAGAGAGAGAGGGAAGGAGAAAAAGGAGAGGAAGUCCAAGUCUCCCAGUAGAGGGAAGAAGAGGAAGAGUCAGAGCAUUGAAGCUGAUCCCUCUAGGGACAAACAAGGGGACACUAUUAAUACAAGCACAUCAUCUCCCUCUCAUUCCAGUAGAGCCAAAGAGAGCCCUAGACAUAAAACAAAGACUAGUACUGGAUUGAGCACUACUAAUAAAGCAAAAACCAGCUCUAAUACUAGCUCUACUACUGGAGUAAAAGCUGCUACUAGUUCUACUAAUACUGGGCCUCCUAGUGCUGUUCAGAAACUGACCAGGUUAUAUGAAGGUCACUCUGUGGAUCCUUUGGCUUCAUCUCCUCGUUCAUCCUCCCCUGGGGGUAAUAUGUCGUCUCGUACUAGACCAGUAGCUUCUGGCACCGUUGCCUCUUUCAUUAAGAAAUUAGAAGAGAGAGGAGGAGAAUCUGUGGACUAUGAAUUGGAGGGGAUUAAUGUGGAGGGAGAGACAAAUGUUGAAGAGGGAGACGGAGAGAGGAGAGUUGUUACUGAUAGCAUUCCAAUAGCUGAUGCUGUAGAGUAUGAUGCUGUAGAGAGCGGUGAUGAAGCAGUGAAUGAAUCGCUAGUAGAGUCAGUGUCUAUAGUGCUGGAUCAUGAGGAGAAAGAGGAGGAGGAAGAGGAAGAGGAAGAGGAAGUGAUGGUACCCAAAGGAAGAUCAUAUACACUCUCUGAGUCUACACAGUUUAAUUACCUGAGGCAUGAAAAGGAUAUUGAUGAGUUUGCCAGUGUCACUGUAAUGAAUCGCAGAAAGUCUAAAGAUGACAGUCUCAUUCACAUACAAAGCAAUACGUCUGUAGCUCCAACUCAUACUCCACAAUGGCUUCAAAAGUUCACUGAUAGUUUGACUAAAAGUCUUGAGUCGUUGAGAGAGGAAGCUACUGAUUUGUAUAAAGUCAAAACAGCUCUUGACAUCAUCGACUUUGCCUUUAGUAAUAUCAUAUCAGACCCGGAGGAGGACACGUACAGACGUAUCAGAUCCACCAGCGAUCACUUUCACGAUCAUGUCUACAAGUAUAGUGCAGCACAGGAGUUCAUGUGGCUCUCUGGAUGGGUGGAGGUCGGAGAGUAUCUUGUAUUGCCGCUCCAUCAGCAGCUUGAAGUUCCCAAGAAAGUAUUAGACCGACAAUUGGAAAUUGUUGGUUUGAAGUUGCAGUCAAGCCAUAUAGACAGUAUUCUCCAAUCAAAGGGAAGAAUAUCUCAUGAUCACAGCAGUGACAGCAGUGGGUCAAAUAAUUACACUGAUACUAUUGUUAAUGAAGCUCUUAAGAAGUCAAGGAGAGACCAGUCUGUGAUGAUGGCUACGGCUCUCAAGGAAAUGGUCACGAAAACUGACGCGGACAAAGAAGCCGUCAAAACCUCAGAAGAGACCGACGCUGGUAGAGUCACACGUGAGGAGGAGAAGAUUAUGAUGGAGUCAGCAUCUCAGGCCAGGGAAUGGUGGGAGCGAAAACUGGAGAAGAGGCCAAGCACUUAUUCGUUAUAUUUUCAACAUGAUGAACUUGACGACAUGAAGCUAAUUGCCAACACUGAGCUAGUAUCAGGCUACAAAGGAAUGGUCAGCGAGAGAAUCAAAGCAUUUCAACCAAGUUCCAGUGAAUACUCUUCAUCAGAAGAAGAAGAAGAGGAGGAGGAGGAGGAGGAGGAAGGAGAUGAAGAGGAACAGUUGGAAGAGUUCUCUGUCUCUGUUCAAUCAUCAGAAGCUAGUGGGACACAGUCUCUGAGUAAAAGUGUUAAAAUGUGGGAGGAGAGAAGUCAAGGUAUUGAUGUAACUGAUUCAUCAGACCAGAACUCGUCAGUAGCAAAGAAUAUAUCGUUAACAUACGGCGAUGAGUCUGAAGCUCAUUUAAAGUGGCUUGAAGCAACAAAAGCGUCAGAGAGAAUCCUUCAAAUGAAGCAGCAGAAAGAGUAGCAAGAAAAUAAAUAAUAAAUAAAAUUAACAGCAACUGAGAUAGAACACUUAUUUUUAUUAUCAUUUUAAAGUAAUGUGUGUGUAAAAUAGCAGAAAUUGGCAAAAUAAUUAUUCCAUGUGUCAAUAGUGAAAAACUUGCAA